AUGAAGCGUUUACUCUCGAAUGAUCGUCCAUCGUCUCCACCUAGUAAAAUACUUGCCGGAUCAACUAGUGAAGAGGAUAUGAAUAACGUCAAUGGAACGACCGAUUUAUCGAAUGGACAUCAAUGUAGUGAUAGUAAUGAAGCAAAAAAAGCUCGAAUAGAAAAAAGUAUGCCAUCGCGUGUGGUUCAUUUACGAAAUAUUGACGCUAGUGAAUUGGAGAUCGUUCAAUUUGGCCUUGCAUUCGGGAAAAUAACCAAUGUACUCAAUUUACGGAAAAAGAAUCAGGCUUUUCUCGAGUUUGACAGCGUUGAACAUGCUCAAGCAAUGACUGAUUAUUUCUCUUCGCUACCGAUAUUAUUAAAUGGUCGCCAAAUAUUUGUUCAGUUUUCAAAUCAUCAAGAAUUGAAGACAGAUCCGAACAACGCUAAUAAUCAACAAGCACAAGCUGCUCUACAAUCAGCUACGGUUCUACAAGAGAUUUCGCGUAUAGGUGGACAGAAUUGCGUAUUGCGCGUGAUCGUGAACAAUUUGAUUUUUCCGAUUAGUGUAGAUACAUUUUAUCAAAUUUUCAGUAAAUUUGGUGUUGUUUUGAAAAUUAUCACAUUUACGAAAAAUGAUAAAUUUCAAGGAUUGAUUCAAAUGAAAGAUGCAACAAUAGCUCAUACAGCGAAAACGAAUUUGAACGGUCAAAAUAUCUACAAUGGUUGUUGUACAUUACAAAUUGAUUUCUCGAAAUUACAUUCCCUAAAUGUCAAAUACAAUAACGAUAAAAGUCGAGAUUAUACUAAUCCAAUUUUACCAUCGAAUGAAAGUUCCAAUGAACCCAUAUCCAUCGGUGGAAGAUAUUUAACAGGUAUACCCAACGUCUAUGGUUCACCAAUCGUUACACUUGCUGGUGCACCAUUAACAACACUCUCAGCAAUGAGUAAUGGUGCUAUUCAUUUUUCAGCUCCGUCAGCGACGUUACUAAACGCCAAUCAACUAGCGCAACAAUAUGCAACCGCAUUAGCCUGUCCAAUAACGAAUUCGGCUAAUUCUGGCACGACCUUACUAACAGCAAGCGGAAAUUCUACACAAUCGCCAAUAUCUCUUUCAUCCUUACAACAACAUCAUACAACAACGACAAGUCCAUAUAUAUUUCUUUCAAGUUCAGCAACAUCCGAUGAGGUAUGUGCAAAUCUUAGCAGCAAUGUUCCUGACGUGAUGAGUGGAAUUAUGCCUGGUAAAACUGCAACUUUAUCUUCACCUUCUACGCUUUAUUUCUAUAAUAAUAACAGUACUCAAGCGAUAUAUCCAGCCGAUUUUUUACGUUUGUGA